GCGUAUGAUGUUUUUGCCAACCUGGGCAUCAGUCGUCUAUUGGAGCCAUCUGACAUGGUUCUGCUGGCCAUCCCUGACAAGCUGACCGUCAUGACGUACCUCUACCAGAUCAGAGCCCACUUCAGUGGAGAGGAACUCAACGUGGUGCAGAUAGAAGCCAACAGCAGCCGCAGGUCUCCUGAGAAAAUGUUCCCGUGUGAGGUCAUCAGUGUCUCUGAGCAAAUGUCCCCGUGUGAGGUCAUCAGGGUCUCUGAGCAAAUGUCCUCGUGGUCCCCUGAGCAAAUGUCCCCGUGUGAGGUCAUCAGUGUCUCUGAGAAAAUGUUCCCAUGUGAGUUCAUCAGGGUCUCUGAGCAAAUGUCCCCGUGUGAGGUCAUCAGGGUCCCUGAGCAAAUGUCCCUGUGUGAGGUCAUCAGGGUGGGAGACUUCGAGACAGACACCAACGCCUCCAUCGGCCAGGACAAGUUCUAUGCUGAGCUAAACGUCAGUGACGCUAAUGCCCAGACCACUGGAUCCAGUGGGGACGUUAGCAUCGGAGCUAGCGCCACCAAUGGAGCCGUGGGGAAAGAGGAGGAGGAGAUGGAGGUGGUGAGGAAGAGUGAGACUCUCGCACACCCCCUCCCCUUGCCCCGCGCGGCUCUACCCCCCACCGCCACAGAGUCCUCCCACCCCAGAGCCGCGCCUCGCUCCCUUGCUACCACACCUCUGGGAGACGAUCGCCGUCAACUACAACUACCCCCGAAGGCAGUCACCCUGGACCUGAGCCAGCUCCCUCUGAGGACGGAGAGAGGGAUGGAGAGAGGUAUAGAGAGAGGGAUGGAGAGAGGGAUGGAGAGAGGGAUGGAGAGAGGGACGGAGAGAGGGACGGAGAGGGGGACGGAGAGAGGGAUGGAGAGAGGGACGGAGAGGGGGACGGAGAGAGGGAUGGAGAGGGAGAUGAGGGAGCAGGAAGAGAUGAGGGAGCAGGAUGGGAUGAGGGAUGGAGCCCCGGACAAAGGGGCCCUAGAUUCAGGGUCCCCUACACGGCAAGGAACCUCGGGCACCCCAGGGGCCUCGCCUCCCUCCUCCCACAAGCUGGGCUUCUCCUACAACCGUGAUGCUGACCUCAUCAAGAAGAAGAGGGCCAGCCUCCGUCACUCUGAGUCUGAGACCGCCUCCGACUGCAGCAACCCCACCCCUGACAACCACGCUGACACGCCCACUAAACAGGAGCCAACGCCCAUCCCCAGCUCCCCAGUGGAAAAGAAGGUGCAGUCUCGGCAGGAAGAGCUGAAGGAAAGAGCCAGGCUUCUCCUGGAGCAGGCCCGGCGGGAUGCUGCCAUGAAGGCCGGUAGCAAGCACACAGCCAAUUCAACUAACUCAGCCCCAGUUAAAACACCACAAGUCACUGACGUAAGUGUGUGUGUGACUUGGAGUGUGUGUGUGACUUGGAGUUUGUGUGUGUGUGACUUGGAGUUUGUGUGUGUUUGACUUGGAGUUUGUGUGUGUUUGACUUGGAGUUUGU